AUGAAUAAUUUAAAGUUGUCAUUAAAAUGGUAUAGUACAACAAGGUGGUCAGCUAAACAUCGUGCAAUAAAAUCAUUAAAUACUCAACUGGAUAUGGUUUUUAAAAGCUUUGACGUUCUACAACAAGAAAAAUUAUCAGAAGAAACAAAAUUUGAUGCAGAUAAUUUGAUAAGAUCACUUAAAAGUUUUUCUUUUAUUUGUAUGCUUACGGUUUGGGAAAAAAUUCUCAGUGCAAUUGACAGGAUUAAUAUAAUUUUACAAAAACCAAAAUUAACAAUUGAUGUAGCUAUCAAACAUCUGCAAAGUCUCCUUAAAAUAUUAGAAAACUUUCGAGUGCAAGGUAUAAAUGAGGCUUUAUUGGAUUCAAAGAAUAAAGCUGAAGUAUUAGGCAUAGAAACGGAAUUUCCAAAAGUCAGAUUACGAAAAAAGAAACUUUACCCGGAGAAAUUGCAGAAGAUGAGUUUUGUAACAUAA